AACUGAUUCACAAUAAUGUGUUUUAUAAAUCGGUAGGACGUGUUUAACAAUAAAGGUUUCGAAUUCAAUUGACAUGUUCAGAACAAUCUUUUGAGACGAUCAAAUUUACACAAGAAUAAAAUUACGCACUCAGAAUAACCUCUGUAUAUAAUAGUGCUAUUGUUAAAUAACAAGGAUUUUGCAGUUUUGCACUAUGGGAGAAAGGUUAAAACAUAAAGACAAAGACCAGCUAGAGAGAUGGAUCGGCACUGGUCCUAAGACAUUCACACUGCUCUAUGCUAUCACCGGAGAUGGAUGCAAUUCCAAGAUUUUCCACGAGAAAUGCGAUGGACAGGGACCAACAGUUACAGUUCUCUACAAUGCCAAGGGAUCUGUUUAUGGUGGAUACAGUCCGAUGUCCUGGAACUCGUUAAGCACGUCGUACAGUUCUUGUACUGAGGCAUUUCUCUUUCAGCUCUAUCAUGAUGGCAACCAAAAAGCAACUAAGUUUGAACUGAAACCGGGGCAGUAUCAUUACGCGGUUUACAACAACCCAAACUAUGGUCCAGUAUUCGGUUACGAAUACGAUCUUUUUACAUUUAACAACAAUGUUACUCGUACAGGUGCUACCUUCCCUUUAAAUGGUGGCGCUAGUUUUGGAAAAUCCUAUGAAAUGCUGGGUAUCGGGGCAAAUGAUAUCCACAAUGGCAAUUUUAACGUCACAGAAUUAGAAGUCUACAGAGUGACAUAUAACGAAAAUAAACAAGGAAGACCGUGGCGAGAAUUUGACAACUGGAAAACAAAGGACCUGGCAAGACUUAAAGAAGACAUCCUUUCAUUCAAACUUCUUCCUGGCCUCAAUAUCGACGAGGCAAGGAUUGUAAUGAUAGGUCCAGUUGGAGCCGGGAAGUCAAGUUUCUUCAACACAAUAGAUUCGAUAUUUCGUGGUCGUAUAACACAAAGAGCAUGUAGUGGAUGCUUGGCACAGAGUGUAACUACAAGGUAUAUACAAUACUCAGUCCGAACUGAAUCUGGAAGUUCACCGAAGUUCAUUUUGUGCGAUACACCUGGUCUAGAAGAGUCUGCUGGUUUGGACGUUGACGAAUGUUGUUACCUUUUAGAUGGAAACAUACCCGACUAUUAUUUAUUCAACCAAAAGUCCACCAUAUCGCCAAAAGCUGAGGAGUUUGGAGUGUAUCCCACUACACAGGGCAAGAUCCAUUGCGUUGUGUUUGUGCUUGAUGCAACAGCACUGGAUGCAGUGUCGGAUAAAGUCGUAGAGAAAGUGAAGAACUUCCAACGCGUAAUGAACGACAGAGAAAUUCCACAACUCAUUGUACUCACAAAGAUAGACAAGCUAUGUGAAGACGUCCAAAAGGAUACAUCGUAUACAUACAAAAGCUGGAAGGUUGAGGAACAUGUCGAUAAAGCAUCGGAACUUUUUGGUCUCCGCCGUUCCAAUGUACUUCCGGUUAAAAACUACGAGAAAGAAGAACUACUUGAUGUCAACAUAAACACGCUUACCUUACUCGCUUUAAGAAAGAUUUUGGACCUAGUAGACGACUAUAUGCAAAAUCUAAUCGAUCGACAAAAGUUUGGGCAAAUGAAAAUUUGCGAAAAGAAAUAAAUUGCUUCGUGAUAAAAUAAGCAACAUGGUGUUUGAAACUCGCAUAUGUUUUGUACAUGCUUAAGUUGUGCAGUUUGAAUGUUAUUUUUCUUAAACUGCGAAAUACUAGAACAUGUUUUUGAACAAUGAUUAUUAUCAAUUUCCCGCUAAAAAGGUUUCUGUUGCUGUUGUUAGCUUAGUCAUUGGUCUUUCCCCAUGUUUCAAUUUCCAAUUCACUGCACAGUUCAUUUGAAAAUACCAUUUUCAUUCUCAAUUUGUUAUUUAAGUUUCAAUCAUGGUUUGAUUUUAUUUUGUAUUAAAUGUAAUUUUCUCGUACUGAUUUACAAAAAAAAACUAGUAAUGAUAUCUUGUCAAAACAUACUAACUUUGAAAUAGGUGGGUUAAUGUAACAACUUAAGGCAAUUUUCAUUUUUGUAAAGCAUGUAUAAACAUGGGCUGAAUAUGCCAAAUACCGGCGUGGCCAAAAGAAACGGCGGCUAAUUAAAGAAAAUGUACUUCUUCGUAAUUUCCAUAGAGUGUUAGCCAACCAAUUGAAGCCAAAAACUGGGUUAUUAUUACGGCCAUUGAGACUACAAACGUCAAAGUCCGCACCCCAUGUUGAGCAUAGAAAUUUGGAAACUCUGAGUCCUCUCUGCAUGCCGCCAAUCCACAGGCCGUCAGCCAAGAAGGCAACAUCUUUCACAAAUAUUCCCUCUUCCAGGUCCACUGAACACUGACAGAAAAAGACUAAAUAUGAUUAUGGUAUAGUUCCGUCAAUGCCCUGUGUUUUCUCGAGACUUGCACUCGUUGCCGGGCCGAAGAAGUCUGGCCAGCAGUUUCGCACAAGAAGAUUUUUAUAUACGCUAUAUAUGCCUAGUAGCCAGGGAGCCAAAAGUGCCAAAAGUGCCUAGAAACAGGAUUUACCUGUCCGGUCAUGCUAUAGUCAGUUUCUAUAUAUAUUAUGAAAGUGCAAAGUCUCGUGGAUCAAAAUAAUCGGGCCUGCAAAACAAAAGCUCUUGCGAAAUUUGAGAAUAUCAAGGGGAGAUAACUCUGCAUAUUUGCAGUUUUUUAAGAUUCAAAACGCUUUUUUGCUAACAAAACAUGGCAUCAUAUAUAUAUUUCAACAUUGCUUUUACGCAUAAGGCUUAUGGUUGAAAAGUACG